GACCUGGAUGAAUUAACAGACUCAGCAGCAGCUGCUGCUGCAAUUCAAGGAGAGACACUGCCAUUCCCUCCACUUGUCUCACACCCACUCCUCUGAAGAGAGGGACGGACAGACGCAUGGACGGACAGGGAGAAGGGCAAGGGGGAGCUGCCAGGGGUGCUGCCUAAGGAGCCAGAAGCCACCGAGGAGAGGAGAAGGACACCUGCUGGGCUGAAGAACAUGGGGACGCCCAGGAAGAGGGGAGAUACUUGUCUGCAUCGCAUCUGCUUUGGGGAUCUCCUUGGGCCGGAGCCAUGCAGCUGGAGCCCUGUUGCUGGCUGCUGGGUGGGAGACUGGGAGUGAAAGAAAGUAGCAGCUGAUUCCCCAGGACUCCAACCCCCUCCCUUUCCCCCUGGAAUCUGCUCCUCCCCCCUCCCCCUGACAUCCCAGUCCCACAGGCUUCUCCCAGACUGCAGAAAUCACAGCCUCAGAAAGGGCUAGUUUCCAAUCUUAGUUUUUCCUGAUUGUCCCAGGCACAAGCCACCCAAGGAGUCUAUAUCAUUGGGCUGAAGUUGAGGCCUCCAGGAUUUUGACCAUCCAUGCGAAGAACCUAUUAUCUGGAUUUCAAAUGCCGUUCCUCUGCUCGGGCACUAGAGACCUAUAUGACUCCAGGAAAAGGGCCCGUGGCUCCUGCUGAAUCGGAGCUGGAUUUGCUUUGCAACUAAAAUAGACCUUUGGUUUCAGUGGGGUUAAAUUCCUUGGCUUGGCCCCAUCUCAGCUUCAACAAGACAGGAAUUCACUCCCUGCAGACAAACACGUGAAAGGGAAGGAGAACGUUGUUUUCAUGGGCUCAAGCCAUUGUCCCAAGGGUGCUGAUGAACUGGAAGAAAAAGUCCCUGAUUUUAGUUGCUUUCCUCCCAUUUUUGAUCACUUGAAGGACCAACAGAAGGGGUAGACUGAUGGAUACAGCUACGUUUCUUUUUGCUUUCCACUUCAUACCCUUUAAAGGGUGAUGAAUAGGUACUAAAGCGUUGUCCGAGGAGUCGGGACCUGUCAUUCCUGGCCCACCCUUCACGGCGCAUGGUGUGCUAGUGACAGCGGCCUUGGCGUGUGAUAGACAAUGGCUCUAAGGCCUGGCCUUCCCCUGCAUCCAGCAUGUAGCCACUUUCGUGCCUGAGUCACUCCCACUCCUUGUUCGGCCUCCAUGCGACAUGUUGCUCGUGACCAGCUAAAAUGAGCACAGGCUGCACUUGGCUGUGGGGAGAGGGGCCCGUGUCCCGCCGCUCCUCUGCCAUGCUCCUGACCCCUUUCCUGAUUGCCAUGGCAAUGGCAGUCUCUGAGGUCAGCGCCAGCUGCCCUGUCCUCUGCACCUGCCGCAGCCACGUUGUGGAUUGCAGCGGGCAGCGGCUUUUCUCAGUGCCCCCCGACCUGCCCCUAGACACCAGGAACCUGAGCCUGGCACAUAAUCGCAUCACCACCAUCCCGCCAGGCUACCUCACCUGCUAUGGGGAGCUGAGGGUGUUGGACCUAAGGAAUAACUCCCUGGCCGAGCUGCCCGCCGGGCUCUUCCUGACUGCCAAGCGGCUGGCCCACCUGGAUCUGAGCUACAACAACUUCAGCCACGUGGCCGCUAAUAUGUUCCAAGAGGCCAACAGCCUGGUGAGGAUCGACCUGAGCCACAACCCAUGUCUGCGAAAGGUGCACCCCCAGGCUUUCCGGGGGCUAGCCCAGCUACGUGACCUGGACCUCAGCCACGGGGGGCUGUCCUUCCUCAGCCUGGAAGCCCUGGAGGGUCUCCCGGGGCUGGUGACCCUACAGAUCGGUGGCAACCCCUGGGUGUGUGGCUGCACCAUGGAGCCACUCCUGAAGUGGCUGAGGAAUCGUAUCCAGCGCUGCACCUCAGAUUCCCAGCUGGCUGAGUGCCGGGCCCCACCCGAGGUGGAGGGAGCCCCCUUGUUCUCACUGACAGAUGAGAGUUUUAAGGCCUGCCACUUGACCUUGACGUUGGACGAUUAUCUCUUCAUUGCCUUCGUGGGCUUCGUGGUCUCUAUUGCCUCCGUGGCCACCAAUUUCCUGCUGGGCAUCACUGCCAACUGCUGUCACCGCUGGAGCAAGGCCAGCGAGGAUGAGGAGAUAUAGGUGCAUGGUCCUGGCCACAGUGCCCUUCCCCCAACGGCUGGCGAGAUGCCGUUGAGAACUGGGGCUGGCUGGCUGUGCUCCACCACGAUUCAUGCCCGGUGCUGUCACAAGCUGCUCCAUCCUCUAUCUGCAGCUGCAGCCGGCUGGGGAUACUAACUUAUCUCUGCUUCCAGUCCCUUCUGAUCCCCCAGCUGCUGUGCCCAGCGGGGCAAGGCCUGUGAGACAAGGAGAUCUAGCCGUGCCUUGUACUAGCCCCUUCACACUGCCGGCAGCAUUGGAGACAGCCAACGAGCCAAGACCCAACGACGCUCGCAACACAGAUGGGCUGCCACAACCCAUGUCGGUCGCCAGUUCUCCUCUUCAGCAUGUCCUGCACACUCAUACGCAAUAUCCAACUCCAUACAUGCACCCCUUCUGUGCCAGCUCUUGCACCACAUCUGCCUACAAACCUAAAAUGAGGAGUUGGGCGGGGGAAGGGAAUAUAUAUGGCAGACGUCAAGUUGAUUUGCAACAGCCGUAACUCUCCAGAGUUGGACAGCUACAGCCCAUCAGUUCUGUUUGUGGCUGUGGGGACUGUGGCCAUGGACACUGUGGUAUCCAGGGUUGUAGUACUACUAAGAGUCCUGAGACAUGGCAUCUCUGAGGGCCAGAGAGGCAGGUUUAACUCUGAGGAACAGCCCCACCUUGAGAUGUACCAUUGUAUGGUUGGAGGAGAUGCCAGAGCAAGAGUCUGCUGUUUUCUAAUUGGUCCUUGGCUAGAUGGCCAUUGGUGUUGAUGGAGAUAUGCCUCUGAACAGUUCUCUAGAUGCAGAGUCGAGAAGUCAAUAGGUCAGGGACACUCUAGAGUUUGAACUUGGUCUCAUAGACUCAUAGACUCCAGGAUUGGAAGGGACCUCGAGAGGUCAUCGAGUCCAGUCCCCUGCCCUCAUGGCAGGACCAAAUAUUGUCUAGACCAUCCCUAAUAGCCAUUUAUCUAACCUACUCUUAAAUAUCUCCAGAGAUGGAGAUUCCACAACUUCCCUAGGCAAUCUAUUCCAGUGUUUAACUACCCUGACAGUUAGGAACUUUUUCCUAAUGUCCAACCUAAAUCUCCCUUGCUGCAGUUUAAGCCCAUUGCUUCUUGUUCUAUCAUUGGAGGCUAAGGUGAACAAGUUUUUUCCCUCCUCCUGAUGACACCCUUUUAGAUACCUGAAAACUGCUAUCAUGUCCCCUCUCAGUCUUCUCUUUUCCAAACUAAACAAACCCAAUUCCUUCAGCCUUCCUUCAUAGGUCUGUCACUCAAGACUAAGGGUCAGGGCAGGGGUGAGGUGUACUGGCAAACCUGAAGGGGCAGUGCGAGAUGGCGUAACAGGGAGGCUGUGGGUUAGGACCGAAGGAUGUCAGAAGAACUGGUGGGGGACCCCAAGGCUGGGACAGCAGGGGGGCUGUGGGUUGGGAUUGAGGCACAUUAACAGAGCUGUGGAUGAGAUGUAUCAGCAAAGCUGAGGGUUGCGGGGAGACCAGCGCUGGGACAGCAGAGGGGUGCAGGUCAGACCUGAUGGGCAUCACCAGAGCAGUAUGUGAACGGGAAGCCCAGCAGUGGAAUAGCAUAGGGACUAUAGGUCAGGAUAUUAGGGGAUUAGCAGAGCUGUGGGGGGAGCCCAGAGCACUGGAAUAGCAAGCAGGGUACAGUUGGGAUUAAGGGGUGCUGGCAGAGCUGGGGGUGGAGAACUUGGGAUAGCAGGGGGGCUGCAGGCUAGCACAGAGGGACAUGAGCAGGGCCUAGGACGUGACUAAAAAGCUAUGCCCCAGAGGAGGGUUAUGGUGCAGUCUCAGGACUGGAACAGCAGGUGGUGCUGCCGGUCAGGUUAGAAAGUGCUAUGAGGAGUGCGAGGGGCUACUCUGUACUGGUGCUACCCACGUAGCUCUAGCUGGAGCACGCUAUUUCUCCCCACUGUGGACACUGAAAUUGCAGAUUGAAAAACAAAUAUGCCUUUAAAAAGAAAGUGAGAGACCAUCUGUUCUGCCCUAGCAACUGCUCCUCUUAGUCCGUCUGUCUCCACAUGCCUUGAGCCUCUGGCAUUAGCUCCCCAACCCAUCCCUCCGCAGUGGGUACGUGGUUAUUAGCCUUGCGUUACAGAUGCAAAAACUGAGGUACUGAGCGAUUGGCAUGACUUUCCUAAGGCCACAUAGGCAUAGGCAGGGAGAGAACCCAGGGUGCCCAGCUCCUCCAUGUUAACCCCAGCAACCACAGCCACUCCCCAGUAAUUUAGCUAAGAACUGGAUCAACAUGACCAAGAACAUUUGGGGAUAAUGGCUCAUUUUUGGGACUAGCUCCACCCAACGUCAGCUGCCACUGGUGAAGUUGGAUGUAACUUUACUUUUGGAAGGACACUGCAAAUAAAGGACACUAUAGCCAGUGCUCCCAGUGGAAAAACCUAUCACCAUGUCUUAGAGAACGCUGUGUGCUCUGAUGUAUAGCCAACGUAUUUUGACACUUGUAUAUUUUUUAUUUUUGCAUAGAACUAGGACCAAACCCAAUGCCAAAUGCCACCAGAGCUUUCCAGAUUAUGUCCUUCAGUCUUGCCACCACCGGAAAGUAAGGAGGCUAAAAUCUGUCCGUGUGGGACAGAUCCCUUUAAGGAGCUGGUUUUUACAUGGAUGGCAGAAAUCUCUGCAGCUGAUCUAAACAGGGCUAAGACGUGAGAAGGCUUUAAUCACAGGGUAGAUUUACAUUCCAUUGUAAUUCACACAUAAACCCGGGUCCACAAAGGUUCCGGUCAUCUAGCUGUCAAGAACUGGAAAGAACACACAGGUAAUGUAGCAGUUUCUCAUCAGAAUCAUUUGCCCUCCCCUAGCCUUAAGCUCCUUUAAUGGAUUUCCUACAUGUCUUAACAAAAUGCACUUCUACUCUGGAAAAUGAAAAUGUGAGAAUGACACCUUCUGACUCAGCAGAUCUGUCCCCUAGGUGCAUCAAAUCAGCCAGUUUUAGUUGCUACGGUAAGCUUUGGCUGUGCAAAGUCAGUACAUGAUGGAUUCCACUCCACAAAGGAAUUAACAACUUACUUUGGUAAUGCAGACAUGCCUGGGUGGGUGGUCAGUAAUGGGGGGGUCAAACCAGGGAACUCUGGAUCAUCUCCUUCCAGCUCACUUAGCCACCCCAUUUAUAGCAGCCCCAUCAAUCUCUAAUUAGCCUAGUCACCACUAGAGGGGAACGGAGCCCCAAGUUGAACAGGCAUUGCUUAUACUUCUCUACGGUUAAAUACUCAUCUGCCCUCUGUUACUGUAGUACCUGAGAAUCUUGCAAUCUUUAACAUACUUCAACAUCCCCGUGAGGCUAGGAAGUGGUAUGGGUGGAAAGCUAAGGCACCAGGAGUUUAAGUGAUUUGCCUAACUUCAAAGAGGACUUGAGUGGCAGAGGAGGGAAUUGAACCCAUAUUUAGUAUAUUCCUUAUGCCACUCACUCUUAAACUGAACUUCACACCCUUCGAUAAUCUGUACGUUAUUCUCUGAUAACCAGAAACUUCUAUGCUUAAACUCUGUACCAUUCACCUUUUUUAAAAACCCUUGACGGCAGUGGGAAUGGCUCAGAAGUCAUUGAGUCAUAUGGUCCAAAGGAUCAUACCCACUUCUCAGACAUGUGAAGAAGCCAGUCCAUGUGGCUUCUGAGGGAAGGGUAGGACCUCCUCAAAGAACUAGCAAAGUUCCAGAAGAAGGGGGAAUGGGUUCCAAAGAAACAGAAGCCAACAAGUAAUGCAGGACGGAUGCAAGGAUGAGAGGGGGCUGAGAUGGACAAUGAAACAGAUCCAGAGCAGGGACAUAGAGCAGAGAAUCCCAGAGAGCAUCCAUUGAUCCAAGAAGAGAUUGAGGGAGCCAGGGGAUGAACUCUGGAGUGAGGGCAAGGAAAAUGAAAAGAUCCCAGCUUGACUCUUAAAUCUUAGAGAGGCUGAGCUUGCGGAGCUGGCAGUCAAAGAGCUGAUAAACUGAGCAUGUGACACAUCCUCUCCUUGAAAUUGUAAACACAGACCUGCCCUCCCCACCCAUACAGCAAUUUGCACAGAGACACUUUCCAGAGUAGAUCUGUACCUUGAGCUUCAUUUUUUCCUGCGUGUUCAUUGCAUGUAGGUACAGUACAUUGUGUGUGUGUGUGUGUGUGUGUGUGUGUGGUUUAACGCGUGCCAAGCACAGAUAAUCGGCCCCUGGCUGAGGGAAGGAGCAGCUCCAGCUCCUUGCAUGCCUACUGCUGUCACUCCCUGGCUGCUGUGUCUGAGGGCUCUUCCAGCCCAAAUGCAGAAUCCGAUGAGCCAGAACACAAGGGAUAUUUUUUUCACACCUCUUGAAUUCUGAAUGGGCCUAGGCCCCAAUGCCCAAUGUCAAGGGGAGUCUUUGAUGUUUUUGCCACAUGACAGCACUAGAGUUAAGACCCUCACCACUGAGGGAAUUGCUGGCAUAAUUUGGGGACAAACCUGGUUGUCUUCUAUUUUUAAACAAACCUUUUGCACCCAAAAAGUGGCCUUUGUUUCAUUAUUUUUAAUGUGCUAAUUUCUUAUUAUUGUCAUUAAACCUGAAAACAAGACCAUUUUGAUUUCAAGUGUUUUAUUUUUUCUCUUUUCCCCCAAUUUUUUCAGUGGCAAAAAUCAAAAAGGGAGAGGAAGAGAAAAAACCUUCAAAACCCACACGCUAAAGAAAUGAAAAAUUUCAAACCCCUAAAUUGCUCUACAAAUUUUAUAUUUUUUUCAAAAUUUUUUAUUAUUUUCAAAGAAAUCUAAUAAUAGACAUUUUUAAAAGGUUUUUCCUUCUUUUAUCCUUUUUGCUUCCUUCCUCCUCCUCUUUUUCAGUGGGAAAAGAAGGAAAAACAAGGGGAAAGGUUUUUUUUAAAGGCAAGGAAAGAAAUCAAAAUCAAAAACAUUUUUUGAACCAAACAUUUUCUACAAAAAUGUAUUUGAUUUCAAAAUUUUGCAUUGUUCUCAAAAAACCCAAGAGUUGACGUUUUAUUUUAUUUUUCCUUUUUAUCUCUCUCUUUCUACUCCCACCUUUCUUCAGUGGGAAAAGAGCGAAGAAAAGGAGGGAAAACAGAGUGUGGGGGGCGGGGAAAAGUAAAAAGAAAGGAAAAACAAAAGAUUUUAUAUUAAAAAUGUUGCCAAAAAAAAUUGAAGCCCAUGGAAUGAAAAUAAAUCCCCCUCCAAAACAUUUUUGGUCAUUUUUCUGUUCAGAGGGAACCCCGAGCCAAGUCUACACUACAAAAUAUUGGCAGCACAGCAGUGUUGGCUAGAAGUGUGAGGGAAAAAAACACCCCUCACUGACAUAAUUAUGCCUUCAAAUCCCCCCAUCCCACUCCUGUAUAGACUCAGCCUGUACAAGCAAGAGAGAGCAUUUGCCAGUUUAGCUUAUGACAUUCAGGGAGGUGGUGUUCCUAUGUCGGCACAACUCUUUUUGCUAGUAUUUGCCAAGUCUCCACAAGGGAGCUGUGACAGUAUAGCUAUACAGAGCCAUUGUACUAGACUAGCCCUUUCUUUCACCAGACCUUCAUUGGGCCUCUGCUUGCAGAGCAAAUCCUCAGAGCUGGCAUAACCCAGGCUUGCAGCAGACAACAGGGAAGCUGUGGGUGGAGCUAGAGAAAGGAGGCCUAUGGCAAAAGCCACGUCCCACAUGGUGCUUGAGCUGGACUGGUGUGCUCUGCUUAGCUGGGGCUUUCUCGUUCUUGUAUUCGCCCCUCUCCCAGUAGCUGUUCUGUGCCAUGCUGAGUGUCCGUGUUCGGGGAAGGGGUGGGGGAAAGAUGAAAAUCUUUCUAUGGAGAUUUUAUAAACGUGAACUUUUGUAACUGUGAGAAUUUUUUCAUAAAUGUA